AUUAAACAAUCUUAUAUAUAAGGCUACAUCCUCAUAAUCAAUUUCUUCCCCAAAAGGUCCCCAACGCCAUCACAAAGAAGUUAAGGUUUUAACAUAUAAAUUUGGUUUCUUCUUGAGCCUGGGGCUGUGGGCCAUCAAAGUUAAGUCUGACCUAGUCUUCAUUGGAAAUUGGUUCCUAACCAGGAAUUAAGAUGGCAACCCUUGUGACCCGUAAAGAUAUCCCCCCAUGGGUGAAAGUUCCUGAAGACCUGAAAGAUCCAGAAGUAUUCCAAGUCCACACGCUGGUGCUAAAAUCUCUGUUUGGCCCACAGGGAUCUCGAAUGCCUCACAUCGAGCAGGUGAGCCGGGCCAUGUUUGAACUGAAGAUUCUGGAAUCUUCCGGACUUACGGAGGUCUUAAUUUAUGGCUCUUGCAACCACAAGCUUCGGGCUAAAUGGAUGCUUCAGUCCAUGGCUGAGAGGUACCGCCUGCGCCAGGAAAGAGGAAUGCUCAAGCUGGAGGAAGCCAUGAAGACCCUGGAACUGGGCCAGUGUUUGGAAUGAAGCCAGUUUCCAGUCAGAAUGACUCCCACCUGCACACACACAGAUUGAGCCGUGGCUGGUGUUUGGUUCUGGCGUGGUUUUUAACUACGUUAUAUCCUUUAUAGUCUAACGAGAUAUUCCUGGAUCCCCGCUGUGACUUCUGAUGAGAAUAUCUCUUUUUCCAAGGCUGUUAUUUUAACGAAUAAAAUUUAAAUGAUUAA